AUGGCUCCAGCUCUUUUAUACAAUGACGACAGCGAAGUGUGUAGGCCGUCAACACAUGGUAUAUGCUCGGCCGAAUCAUCGGUCGCACCAACGAUAGCCAAACUCGACUUCCAGGCCUAUAAGGAUGAAACAAUACUGAUUUCUGACAUUGUCAAGAGUCUGAAGACAUCGGGUGGUUGCAUCGUUAGGGGCAUGUACCGGCAAGGCACUUUGAAGGCGUUAGAAGUGGAGCUUCGCCCACACAUCGAAGCCACCAAGAAGGCAGACCAGCAGCGAGAGAACUUCCACGGUGAUGAAGCUCGAAGUAGUGUGAGUCUGCCACAACUCAGCACUACUGUGACCUUUUCGGUCGGUCCUGGGACCAAGGCGCAAGGUCUACAUCGAGACGAUGACAUCUAUCACACUCAGCACCCAGCGACAUCGACACACCAGGAAGGUCGAGAUAAUACGUUGUGUCUCUUCGUUGCCGGUAAGAAAUGCACAAAGCAGAACGGCGCCACUCGUAUCGUGCCUGGAAGUCAUCUGUGGGAUUUCACAACCCCUCCGCCCAGUUACACCAAGUCCUCAGAGAUGUUCGCCCAUGCUGAGAUGAUGCCUGGCGAUGCAUUCUUCAUGUUAGGAGGCGUCUACCAUGGUGCAGGCUCAAAUACCACGACAAAAGAGGAGCGGCUUGUGUAUGCUGCAUUUGCAACACGAGGGUAUCUCAGACAAGAGGAGAACCAGUACUUGGCCAACGACCUGAGCAAGAUCGCCAAGCUGCCGCUUCAUAUCCAAAGGUUCGCUGGGUUCGGUUCCAGCAAGCCGUACAUGGGCUGGGUUGGUGAUGACAUGGAAGAACCGGUGAAGCUGCUAAACCCAGAUGCUGAGAUGGAGGACCCCGGCUUCUGGUGA